GGGCGGGAUAAACGCUUCAACGGACCAAUCCGCUUUUUAGAAAUCUUAUUAGGGCGUGGCUUUGCCUCUGAAGUAAAGUUAGGUUUUACUAGUAAACCGAGCUGAAGAGGAUUGAAUUCCAGGUUGACAGGAGGAUCCCUGCAGUCAAUUGGAAGCCAUCCUCUCUCCCAGACCAGCAAGAUGGGCAAAAAGAGCCGAGUGAAGACCCAGAAAUCGGGGACCGGGGCCACAGCUGCGGUUUCUCCAAAAGAGAUGAUGAAUUUAAUUUCUGAACUACUGCAGAAGUGUAGCAGUGCUGCUCCCUCUCCUGGAAAAGAGUGGGAGGAAUAUGUUCAGAUCCGAGCUCUGGUGGAGAAGAUCCGUAAGAAACAGAAAGGGAUGUCGGUGUCGUUUGAGGGAAUCAGGGAAGACUUUUUCUCCGAGCUAAUGGCCUGGGCCGCAGAGUGUGGGGCUUCUUGUGAUGGUUUUGAGAUCUCCAACUUUGCAGAUGAAGGAUAUGGUCUGAAGGCUACCAAAGAUAUCAAGGCUGAGGAGCUGUUCCUGUGGAUCCCUAGAAAAAUGCUGAUGACUGUGGAAUCCGCCAAGAACUCUGUCCUCGGGCCGUUGUACAGUCAGGACCGGAUUCUCCAGGCCAUGGGCAAUGUGACUCUGGCUCUACACUUGCUAUGUGAACGGGCUAAUCCCAGCUCUCCCUGGCUGCCCUACAUCAAGACCCUGCCUGCUGACUACGACACCCCCCUGUACUUUGAAGAGGAAGAAGUGCGCCACCUGCUGGCCACACAAGCCAUACAGGAUGUGCUCAGUCAAUAUAAAAACACAGCGCGGCAGUACGCAUACUUCUACAAAGUCAUCCACACUCAUCCGAACGCCAGCAAACUGCCCUUGAAGGAUGCUUUUACCUUUGACGACUACAGGUGGGCAGUGUCUUCUGUGAUGACUCGUCAAAACCAGAUUCCUACAGCAGAUGGAAGUCGGGUCACACUGGCCCUCAUCCCUCUCUGGGAUAUGUGCAACCACACCAAUGGCCUGAUUACAACCGGCUACAAUCUAGAGGAUGACCGAUGCGAAUGCGUAGCUCUCAAAGACUACAAAGAGGGUGAACAGAUCUACAUAUUCUAUGGUACAAGAUCCAAUGCAGAGUUUGUGAUCCACAACGGUUUCUUCUUUGAGGACAACGCACACGACCGUGUGAAAAUUAAGCUGGGUGUGAGCAAGAGCGAGCGUUUGUAUGCCAUGAAGGCCGAGGUUCUGGCACGUGCAGGGAUUCCUGCGUCCAGUAUCUUUGCCCUGCACUGCAGCGAGCCGCCCAUAUCCGCUCAGCUCCUGGCCUUCCUGCGUGUCUUCUGCAUGACUGAAGAGGAACUCAGGGACUACCUGGUGGGCGAUCACGCCAUCAACAAGAUCUUCACCCUGGGCAACACUGAAUUCCCUGUCAGCUGGGAGAACGAAAUCAAGCUGUGGACGUUCCUGGAAACACGGGCUGCGCUGCUUCUCAAAACCUACAAGACGAGCUCAGAGGAGGAUCGCUCCAUGCUGGAGAAGCCCGACCUGUCCCUGCACUCCCGCAUUGCUAUAAAGCUACGGCUGGCAGAAAAAGAGAUUUUAGAGCGAGCCGUGUCCUGCGGUCGGGCCAAACGCCUGCACUUCCAGAAGCAGCUGGACGAAGGGGCCCCGCUGCCACUGUACGAAGAAAGCGACAUCGCCCUUUUGGAGAACGCAGACGCUAAACUCCCCAUCAUCCUGCGCAAACUGGAAGAAGAAGAUGAACAUGUUCAGGAGGAGAUGACUCUGGCCCAAAUCAAGCCAGACGCUGCCUGCCUGGACUCCUCUAAAACCCCUGUUCUUAACGGACAGUGUAAAGAUCUCAAUGGUACUCAAGAGGAUCCUCCAGAAAGUGAUGCGGUGGCGAGAGGGAGCGAGUUUGAGAAGCAUGACCUGAGUACCAAACGAACUGAAGAUGAACCAAAUGAUGGUGGCAAAUAGUCAUGACCAGAGUACGGUGGCAAUCUUAGUUCCUGCUAUUUAUUUAUUUUUGUUUAAGAGACUCACAAAUAGGAGCAAAAGCUUUCUAAACAAAAAAAAGCAGAGGAUUUCAGUUUAAAUGUUUUUUUUUUUUGUUUUUGUUUUUGUUUUUUAAUAAAUGCAGCUUAAGUAUGAGCUAGCUCAAGCUAUAAAAAGCCUGUUGUUUUAUUUUUUUGUUUCGUUUGAGUUUUUAAUCAGUGCCACAUUUGUUUUCUUUUGUAGUAGCUUCACUUGUGCUGCCAGAAAGGUUCCUGGUAACAAGGUGAGGAAGUAACCAAUCAUAUGGACUCCUGUCUAGAUGAAGGCUUGCUCGGACUUCACAAAAUGAAAGAAAAAAAUAUAUAUAUAUUGAAGACUUUAACAUGGUAACGUUGCCAAGGAUGUUUCUGUUUAGUCAUCUAAAAUGCUGACUUCUCUCUAACCAGCUGUUGCUGUAGAUCAUGCCAGAAACAUGCUUGACGUCUAGUGGCACUUGACAAUCAUUACUCUUAUGUUCUGACAUUGAUCUGGGAAUAGAUCAUCACUGCUGCACGCUAGUUACUUUACUCGCCUAAAAAGUAAGGUUACUUAUAAGACUUUAGUCCCAAAACAGUUUUGUUUUUCACGCACUUCAGACACAGUCAGUGCGUUCUCAAAGUGAACAUUAGUUCCGGUUUUGAAUGUUGUAACCUUAACCAGAGGAUAAGAGGUUUUUGGUGGCCAUAUGGUUACUCUCUGCUGUGAAUGUAAUUCUAAGUUUGUGUGUUAAAACCAUUCACUCUUCAGUAUGGUAUAUAUAUAUUCAUUUUAAUUCUUAUGUGCUAAUGAGACAAAUUUGCAGUUGGAGACUAUGAUCUCGGAGGACUAACUUCUUAAACUGGAUCUUUGGGAAAUCAGUUUUUAUUUUUCUUAUUUUUAAUGGAUUAAGUAUUUUUAUUUAACUAUUCACUGCAAAAUUCUCUCGCAUUUGUCAUUCAACUAUUGUGGUCAUCUUUAAGCCUUAAUGAAUGUCAUUUAGUUGGUUUUCAGAUAUAGAAAUAUUGAUCCCGGGAUGAAGACCUUGUGCACUUACAGAUGUGCACCUCCCACAAGGCAAAACUGUUCCUGUCAAACAACAAAACAUUGGGGACUAUUAAUUAAAGGAAUAUUUCACCCAAAAAUGAAACUUCUACCAUUAUUCACUUACCCAAAUAUUUCAAAUCUGUAUUUUGUUUUUGUUUUUUAGUGGACCUUGAAACUGCUUGUGAUAACCAAGGGCUGCCACACCAAAAAACUUCAUGAAAGUGGUCCAUACAUGCAACUUGUGCACUAUAUUUCAUGUCUUCUGAAGCCAUAUGAUAGCUUUAGGUAAGGAACAGACUGAAAUUAAAGUCAUUAUUCAUUGAUAAUCUUGCAUCUUUUCCUCACACAGAGCUAUCGUAUGGUUAUUUUUUAUUUUUUGGAGCUUUACCACUCUUGGUCACUAUGAACUGUCAAAGCAUAACUAAUUCUUCAAAAAGUUAUUUUAAAAUGAAUAAUAUCCGAGUUGCAUUUUUUUAAAUAAUCUAAUAAUAUAAAUACCAGAAUUCUGGUAUAGCAUGAGGCUAAGUAAAUAAUGAUGACUUCAUUUUGCUUUUUGGGUGAACAUUGUUAAAUCUUAAAGGGUUAGUUCACCCAAAAAUGAAAAUUCUGUCAUUAAUUACUCACCUUCAUGUCGUUCCAAACCCGUAAGACCUUCGUUCAUCUUCGGAACACAAAUUAAUGUAUUUUUGAUGAAAUCCAAGAGGGUUUUUUUUUUUUUUAUCUUCAAUAGAAAACAAUGAAAUCACCACAUUCAAGAUUCAGAAAAGUAGUAAAAACAUUGUUAAAAUAGUCAACGUGACUACAGUGGUUCAACCUUAAUGUUAUGAAGUGACGAGAAUACUUUUUGUGCGCAAAAACAAAACAAAAAUAACUUUAUUCAACAAAUUCAUCUCUUCCCCUGUCAGACUCGUAAGCAGUUGAUGCAGUGAACGCAGUUCAGCGCUUCCGUGUUUACGUCCGAACGCCAACUCGUUAUUGGCCGGCUCCUGCGUCAGCAUCACACGCAUGCGUCAUGCUGCUCACGUGACCAGAGCCGGCCAAUACUGAGUCAGCAUUCUAAUGUAGAACCUGGAAGCUCUGCAACGAAAACAGCGUAGGAGAAUGAUAAGGGAGAGACGAAUUUGUUGAUUAAUAUCGUUAUUUUUGUUUUGUUCUUGCACACAAAAAAUAUUGAACCACUGUAGGCACGUGGACUAUUUUAACAAUGUCUUUACUACUUUUCUGGACCUUAAAUGUGGUGAUUUUGUUGCUUUUCUGUUGAUGAUUAAAAAAAAAAAAAAAACAUCAAAAAUAUUUUAAUUUGUGUUCCAAAGAUGAAAGAAGGUCUUACGGGUUUGGACCGACAAAAGGGUGAGUAAUUAAUGACAGAAUUUUCAUUUUUGGGAAAACUAAACCUUUAAGAGUCUCUACCCAGUCAUAUGAUCCAUCUGUAGUGACUUGUAUUAGGUGAUGAGAAAUUAAUCGAAAUAUGCCCACAGUGUUUUGUUGUCCUUUUGAAAAUGCAUAUAUUGAAAUUGAAACUGCAUUACGUUUAAAGUGUUCUGCCCAUAAACAGCGCUGUUCAAUAUA